AUGGGAAAAAUGGCAGAAACUGAUAAGCCUGGGAAAAUUUUUAUAGGAGGCCUCAACAUAGCGACAAGACAAAAGACUCUUCAAGUAAUAUUUGGGAGAUUUGGACCAGUUGCACAUGCUAUUUUGAUGAGAGAUCGUGAAACUAAGAAGUCUAGAGGCUUUGGUUUUGUUACUUUUCAAAGCCCUGAAGAUGCUAAGAAUGCUGUCGAAGAAAUGAAUGGAGUGUCUUUGGAUGGAAAAAGAAUUAAAGUAGAGCAAGCCAGGAGACCAUCAUCACUUGAAAGUAGUAACAAGCGGAGACCACCAUCCUUUUCAAGAACCAGAGGUGCUUCAAGAAUUCUGAAAUGUGGAAGAGGGAGAAGUAGCAGACCAAGAAGUCGUCCUUCACGUGAGGAAAAUUUGGAUGGUGUUAGGUAUACUCCUAAUUUCAACAUGAGCUCUUCUGGGAGACACUUUGCAGGUAAAAGAAGUACAUCUUCAAAAAGGGAUGGUCCUCCUUCUAAAAGAUCUGCAAGUUCUGCUCUGACAAGAAGCAAUGUUGGACAGAGAGGACGAGAACCACAUAGAAGAGAGAUUUCUAGAAAUAUGCCAAGAAGAGAGCCAGUGUCUUCCAGAAGAGAUGAGUAUCCAUUACCAAGGGAUGAUGGCCAGUCUUCUAAUGAUAGUUAUUCAAGGAGAUAUGCAUCAACAUCUAGAGGAUAUCGUGACUAUGGCAAUUACAACUCUCGGGAUGAACAUGCAUCUAAAGUCUUCAGUGAUCAUGCUGGCUAUCGUGGGGGACGUGAUAGAGAUUUCUCUGAAUAUUUAAGUGGAAGUUCAUACAGAGAUACAUAUGGAAGUUAUGGAAGCUUCCAUGAGGCACCAUCUGCAAGAGGGACUUACAGUGGAAACAGCCGCUAUGAUGACUAUAGUAGCUCACGAGAUGGAUAUGGUGGAAGACGAGAAACAUACUCAAGCAGCCAAAGUGACAGAUAUUCAAGUGGCUAUGAACGUAGUGGUAGACAAGAAGUGUUUUCACCUAUUGAUAGAGAAUAUUCUGAGCAUGGGGGCAGACAAGAAAGAGGGCAUUCACCAAUGGAUAGGCUGUAUAGUGCAUCUUGUGAAUCAUACAGUAGUAGUUCAAGGUUUGGAGGAUAUCAUGGAGGUCAUGGGAAAAGCAGAUACGAAAGUGGAGGCAGGUACUAA